UGUCAUUCACGCUCAACGUGUGAGCAGCUUCAUCAACGGGCUUGGAGAGGUCAAGUUGAUAUCGAUGGGUAUCAGAAGACUAUAAAUGAAUGCCUUGGUCAAGAUGGGGAAUGGAGGAAGGGCCCAUCAGGACUACAAAUCACUCUGCGAUCUCCUUCUGAGCUGGCACUCAGACACUACCAGGAGAACUUAUUCUACAGCACAAGACGAAAGACCCCGUUCGCUCAAAAAAGAUGACUGGCCUUCUGCACACCGGCGUGGGACUCUUCGCUGCCGUGUCGACUCUGCUCGCCACCACACACGCAGCUCCACUGACACCAAGGCAGGCCACCUGCGGUCUCACAGGGAAGCCUUCAGGCAAGGUCCUUCAGGGAUACUGGGAAAACUGGGACGGCGCAAGCAAUGGUGUUCAUCCCGGUCUGGGCUGGAUCCCUAUCAAUGACGCUCGCAUCAAGCAACACGGCUACAAUGUGAUCAUGGCAGCCUUCCCCAUCAUCUACCCCGACGGCACCGUUCUCUGGGAGGAUGGCAUGGACAGAGACGUCAAGGUCUCUACGCCCGAGGAGAUGUGCGACGCCAAGGCAGCCGGUUCGUCCCUGCUCAUGUCCAUCGGCGGCGCGACGGCGGCUGUCGACCUCAGCUCCUCCGCCGUGGCCGACAAGUUUAUCUCCACCAUUGUCCCGAUUCUGCAAAAGUACAACUUUGACGGCAUCGACAUUGACAUUGAGUCCGGCCUGACGGGCAGCGGCGACAUCAACAGCCUAUCCACCAGCCAGGCCAACCUCAUCCGCAUCAUCGACGGCGUCCUCGCGGCCAUGCCCGCCAACUUUGGCCUCACCAUGGCCCCCGAGACGGCGUACGUGACGGGCGGCAGCGUGGUGUACGGUUCCAUCUGGGGCGCCUACCUGCCCAUCAUCAAAAAGUACACGGACAACGGACGUCUCUGGUGGCUGAACAUGCAGUACUACAACGGCGAGAUGUACGGCUGCCACGGCGACUCCUACGCGCGCGGCACCGUCGAGGGCUUCGUCGCGCAGACGGACUGUCUGAACAGCGGGCUCACCAUCCAGGGGACGACGAUUCAGCUGCCGUACGCGAUGCAGGUGCCUGGUCUGCCCGCACAGGAGGGCGCGGGCGGUGGGUACAUGGCGCCCUCGUUGGUCGGGCAGGCUCUGGAUCACUAUGGUGGCCAGCUCAAGGGGUUGAUGACCUGGUCGAUCAACUGGGAUGGCUCCAAGGGGUGGACGUUUGGCGACAAUGUCAAGGCGAAGCUUGGAUUGUGAGGGGUACUUGUCAUGGAGGCGUGUCAUCACCGAUUUCACUGUAUAUAUUGGUCGUUUAUAUCUGGCACCAUUACAAAUUUGACGCGAGAGAAAUAAACAAAAUCUCUCGCUUUGAGCUAUGAGCAUCACGGCCCCGAGUCUCCUAACUACUCCAGAAACUUGUUUUCGACCUGCCUACCCUGCACACCCCGCUACCCCUCACGGGUCA